UUGAAAUGCUCCUUCAGCCACCGUAUUCAAGUUUCCCGUAUUUUUCUUCACAGGACUGAAGUUCAAAACAAAAAAUAAUAAAUCUGCUAUUUUCCAUUUUCCAAUCUCGUCGUAAGCUCAGUUGUGUUCCUUUCCUUUCAUGGCUUCCUUUCGCAGGCUUCUUCCCCUUUGCUCUUCUCUCAACAGAACGAGAUUUUCUUCUUCUGGUGUUCUUUUAGAAAAAGGAUUUGGCGCAAAUGUCCGUGGCUACAAGCAAACAGUAUCCAAGUUCGAGGAACGAAUAAAGCGUGCAGAAGCAGAAACUUCGGAGGCUAAUGAUGACAUUGACAGGAUUCGGACGGAGUUUCAUGCUGCCAAACGGAGUUUCCUCGAGAUUCCAGAAGCACUCAAGGCAAUGCCGAAGAUGAAUCCUGAAGGUAUAUAUGUGAAUAGGGGUAUUAGACUGGAUCUUAUUCAGGUAUACGGAUUUGAUUAUGAUUUUACAUUGGUACAUUACUCUGCGAACUUGCAAAGUUUGAUAUAUGAUCUCGCAAAGGAACAUAUGGUGAAUGAGUUUAGGUAUCCAGAGGUUUGUUUGAGUUUUAAAUAUGAUCCUUCCUUUCCCAUUAGAGGAUUGUACUUUGAUAGGCAGCAUGGAUGUCUCUUGAAGUUGGAUUUUUUUGGUUCCAUAGAGCUAGAGGGAUGCUUCUAUGGUCGUCGCCAGCUUAGUGAGAAGGAAAUAGUAGAGACAUAUGGAAAAAGACAUAUUGGCCAUGACCAGGCACGCCGUCUUGUGGGCUUGAUGGACUUUUUCUGCUUUAGUGAGGCAUGUCUCAUUGCCGAUAUUGUGCAAUAUUUCGUUGAUGCUAAACUAGAAUUUGAUGCCUGCUAUGUAUAUGAAGAUGUUAAUCGUGCAAUUCAGCAUGUUCAUCGAAGUGGUUUGAUGCAUAGAGGAAUUCUUUCUGAUCCUCAUCGAUAUCUAGUAAAAAAUGGCCAAUUAUUACACUUUCUUAGGACGUUAAAGGAGAAGGGGAAGAAAAUUUUCUUGCUAACAAACUCACCGUAUUACUUUGUGGAUGGAGGGAUGCAGUUUUUGUUGGAGGAUUCGACUGAUAACAAACAUUCAUGGAGAGAGCUUUUUGAUGUUGUAAUUGCAAAAGCCAAUAAGCCGGAUUUCUAUACUUCUGAGCAUCCUUUCCGCUGCUAUGACACAGAGAAGGAUACUCUAACUUUUACAAAAGUGGAUAAAUUCCUCAAGAAUAAAAUAUAUUACCAUGGAUCCCUGAAAUCUUUUCUCCAAAUUACUAAAUGGAAUGGCCCAGAGGUGAUGUACUUCGGUGAUCACCUAUUUAGUGACUUGAGGGGCCCUUCAAAGGCUGGUUGGCGGACUGCUGCUAUCAUCCAUGAACUAGAAAAUGAAAUACGCAUACAGAAUGAAGAUAGCUAUCGAUUUGAACAGGCAAAAUUUCAUAUACUACAGGAACUGCUUGGGAGGUUACAUGCAACUGUACCUAGUAGUAAGAGAAGUGAAGCAUACAACUUACUUAUGAGCGAAUUAAAUGAAGAGAGGCAGAAAGCACGCUGUAUGAUGAAAAGAAUGUUCAAUACAUCUUUUGGGGCCACCUUCCUCACUGACAAAGGUCAAGAAUCUGCUUUUGCUUAUCACAUCCAUCAAUAUGCCGAUGUGUACACCAGUAGACCUGAGAACUUUUUGUUCUACUCACCUGAGAUGUGGCUUCAUGCACCGUAUGAUAUCAAGAUCAUGCCUCAUCAUGUGAAGAUUCCCUCGAGUUUGUUCAAAAACCAGUAGUUGUUAUUCCUUAAUGCCGUAGAAGAUGGGCGGACCAUUUUGUUCAGCUCCAAAUCUGUUAGGUUUAUUGAUGUUUCUGUCAUUAGAGAUACCAGGGUAUAAAGCUCAUUUCCAUGAUUGGUUGGAAACUAAUUCAUUUCCAUCCUGCAUCGUGCAAAGAGAUGAACCUGUUGCUCCGAAUUUGGUGGAAUUUUGAAUUUUUACUUGGAAAGAUCAGGAGUAGGGAGCCGUUAUUGACUAGUUUUACGACGAAUUGCCGUUCGGAAUCACCGUUGAUUUUGUUCCCAAGGUGAUUUCUUGUUCUUGAGUUAUAGCUAAAUUGUUGCAUUUGAAGUUCCAUCAGCAGCACGAGUGCUGUAGAUGUGGCAUUGGAUCUAGUCUACUGAUAGAUGAUUGCCAAAGCAUAUUCUAAAUUCUUCGACACUUAUCCAGCUAUUCCAUUUUCAUCCGUCUGUAACAUUCAUGGAACAUCAAUCCAAAGCUGUUUUAACCAACUAGAUGUAGUUAUAAAAGCAUGUCCUGCGCUGCCAUAUUUGUUAAAGUAGUUGUUAUAAUCAGUUUCGCUUUUCUGCAAUUACGCAAGAAUAAGAGGAAGCUCUUACACACUAAAACUUGG